GAGAGAGAGAGAGAGGAACGCGCACUCUCUCCGUGGAUAUCGUUGGAUAGGAGACCGCCGCCACCGCUACCACACGCUGUUACUGCUGCUGUUGCCGCUGCUGCCGUUGUUGUUGCUGCUGCUGCUGCUGCUAUUGCUACUGUUCGACGUGAACGACCAGUCGCCAACAUGACGCAGCUACUUCCCAUAAGGUUCCAGGAACAUCUGCAGCUUACUGCAGUAGGAAUCAAUGCCAACAAUGUCAGCUUCAACACAGUCACCAUGGAGUCAGACAAGUUCAUCUGCGUCCGUGAAAAGGUGGGUGAUACGGCACAGGUGGCUAUCAUUGAUAUGAAUGAUACUGCUAACCCUAUCAGAAGGCCCAUCUCAGCUGAUUCAGCAAUCAUGAAUCCAGCCAGUAAAGUCAUUGCUUUAAAAGCCCAGAAAACGCUGCAAAUCUUCAACAUUGAAAUGAAAUCGAAGAUGAAGGCGCAUGCGAUGUCGGAAGACGUGGUGUUCUGGAAGUGGAUAUCUCUGAAUACUCUGGCACUUGUGACGGAGACGUCGGUGUAUCACUGGUCGAUGGCCGGCGACUCGCAGCCUAGCAAAGCUUUUGAGCGCCACGCCUCGCUCUCCGGUUGCCAGAUUAUAAACUACCGUACGGACGCCAAGCAAACGUGGCUCCUCCUCAUCGGCAUAUCGGCUCACAACAACCGCGUCGUCGGUGCAAUGCAGCUCUAUUCGGUCGAUCGCAAAUGUUCCCAGCCGAUCGAAGGUCAUGCCGCCUCCUUUGCCCAAUUCAAAAUGGAGAGCAAUCCCGACCCUAGUAAUCUAUUUUGCUUUGCCGUAAGGACUGUCCAGAGCGCAAUGCUCCAUAUUAUUGAGGUAGGACAGCCGCCUACCAAAAAUCAACCUUUCCCCAAAAAAGCAGUGGACGUAUUUUUUCCGCCCGAGGCAGGUAGCGACUUCCCCGUCGCUAUGCAGGUCAGCUCAAAAUAUGACGUCAUCUACCUGAUUACCAAAUACGGUUACAUUCACAUGUAUGACAUCGAGUCAGCGACGUGUAUCUUUAUGAAUCGCAUAUCUAGCGAAACAAUUUUCGUGACUGCGCCCCACGAGUCCUCGGGUGGCAUAAUCGGUGUUAAUCGCAAGGGUCAGGUUUUAUCGGUAUCCGUAGAUGAGGAGAACAUCAUACCCUACAUAAAUGGGGUACUGCAGAAUCCGGAGCUCGCGCUGCGUAUGGCAGUGCGAAACAAUUUAUCGGGCGCCGAGGAUCUUUUUGUGCGCAAGUUUAACAUGCUAUUUCAGAAUGGGCAGUACGCGGAGGCAGCUAAGGUCGCUGCUAACGCGCCCAAAGGUAUUCUGCGAACUCCUGGCACGAUUCAAAAAUUUCAACAAGUGCCGACUACACAGGGUCAAACGUCACCUCUCCUACAAUAUUUUGGUAUUCUCCUUGAUCAGGGUCAGUUAAACAAGUACGAAUCUCUGGAGCUCUGCAGGCCAGUGCUCGUACAGGGACGUAAGCAGCUACUCGAAAAGUGGCUGAAAGAAGAUAAGCUUGAAUGCAGCGAAGAGCUCGGCGAUCUCGUCAAACAGGUUGAUCCGACUCUCGCACUAAGUGUCUAUUUGCGGGCCAACGUUCCCAAUAAGGUGAUACAGUGCUUUGCCGAGACCGGACAGUUUCAGAAGAUCGUUCUCUAUGCAAAAAAAGUGUCUUAUACGCCAGAUUACAUAUUUUUAUUGCGCAAUGUUAUGCGCAUUAAUCCGGAUCAGGGUGUGCUAUUUGCACAGAUGCUUGUACAAGAUGACGAGCCACUUGCCGACAUCAAUCAAAUCGUCGACAUUUUCAUGGAGCAGAAUAUGGUGCAGCAAUGCACAGCGUUCUUGCUCGACGCAUUAAAGAACAAUAGACCUAGUGAAGGAGCUUUACAAACAAGAUUACUCGAAAUGAACCUCAUGUCAGCGCCUCAGGUCGCUGAUGCCAUCCUGGGCAAUCAAAUGUUCACCCACUAUGACCGAGCCCACGUCGCCCAGCUGUGCGAAAAAGCUGGAUUAUUACAACGCGCUCUUGAGCAUUACACUGAUCUCUAUGACAUUAAGCGAGCGGUUGUUCACACGCAUUUACUAGCGCCCGAUUGGCUCGUCGGUUUCUUUGGGACCCUUUCUGUCGAAGACUCGCUAGAGUGCCUCAAGGCCAUGCUCACGGCCAAUAUGCGUCAGAAUCUCCAGAUUUGUGUACAAAUUGCAACUAAAUAUCAUGAGCAACUGACAACCAAGGCCUUGAUCGAUCUCUUCGAGAGUUUCAAAUCGUACGAAGGCCUCUUCUACUUUCUUGGGUCGAUAGUAAACUUCAGCCAGGACCAAGAGGUGCAUUUUAAGUAUAUCCAAGCGGCCUGCAAGACUGGACAAAUUAAAGAAGUUGAACGCAUAUGCCGAGAAAGCAACUGUUAUAAUCCUGAGCGUGUAAAGAACUUCCUAAAGGAAGCCAAAUUGUCGGAUCAGUUACCGCUCAUAAUUGUCUGUGAUCGCUUCGAUUUCGUUCACGACCUCGUGCUUUAUCUUUACCGCAACAAUCUUCAGAAAUACAUUGAGAUCUAUGUCCAGAAAGUGAACCCUUCGCGACUGCCAGUCGUCAUCGGUGGUCUGCUCGACGUUGAUUGCUCCGAGGACAUUAUCAAAAAUCUGAUCCUCGUAGUGCGUGGCCAAUUCUCGACCGAUGAGCUCGUCGAGGAGGUGGAGAAACGCAAUCGCCUAAAACUCCUAUUGCCUUGGCUAGAAUCGCGCGUGCACGAGGGCUGUGUCGAGCCAGCGACCCACAACGCCCUUGCCAAGAUCUAUAUCGACAGCAACAAUAAUCCCGAACGCUUUCUCAAAGAGAAUCAGUUUUAUGACAGCCGUGUUGUCGGCAAAUACUGUGAAAAGCGUGAUCCUCAUUUGGCAUGCAUCGCUUACGAGCGGGGGCAAUGCGACCGUGAGCUAAUUAGCGUCUGUAAUGAGAACAGUUUGUUUAAAAGUGAAGCUAGAUAUUUGGUACGUAGACGCGAUCCGGACUUAUGGGCCGAGGUGCUACAUGAGAACAACCCAUACAAGAGACCACUCAUCGAUCAAGUUGUACAGACAGCCCUCUCCGAGACACAAGAUCCCGAAGAUAUUUCAGUCACUGUCAAGGCCUUUAUGACAGCUGAUCUACCCAAUGAGCUCAUCGAGCUCUUGGAAAAAAUCGUAUUGGAUAGCAGUGUCUUCAGCGAUCAUCGUAAUCUGCAGAAUCUCCUUAUUCUGACUGCCAUUAAAGCUGAUCGUACUCGAGUUAUGGAAUACAUUAAUCGUUUAGAUAACUACGAUGCACCUGACAUCGCUAACAUUGCCAUUAAUAACGAAUUGUACGAGGAGGCUUUUGCGAUCUUCAAGAAAUUUGAUGUUAAUACCUCGGCUAUUCAGGUACUCAUAGAGCAGGUUAACAAUUUGGACAGAGCUUAUGAAUUUGCAGAGAGAUGCAACGAACCUGCUGUUUGGUCUCAAUUGGCCCGAGCCCAACUGCAGCAGGGGAUGGUGAAGGAGGCGAUCGACAGCUUCAUCAAGGCCGAUGACCCCUCGGCCUACGUGGACGUCGUUGAGACGGCCCAUCGUACUUCCCACUGGGAGGAUCUCGUUCGCUACCUGCAAAUGGCCCGAAAGAAAGCUCGCGAAUCCUUCAUUGAAUCCGAGCUCAUAUAUGCGUACGCGUGUACGAAUCGACUAGCCGACCUCGAGGAGUUCAUCUCUGGACCAAAUCAUGCGGACAUUCAGAAAAUCGGUGAUCGUUGUUUCGACGACAAGAUGUACGAAGCCGCGAAGCUUCUCUACAACAAUGUGUCGAACUUUGCGCGACUUGCCAUCACCCUCGUUCACCUCAAGGAGUUUCAGGGCGCGGUGGACAGUGCGCGAAAGGCCAAUUCGACGCGCACCUGGAAAGAAGUUUGCUUUGCAUGUGUCGAUAGCGGUGAAUUUAGACUCGCCCAGAUGUGUGGAUUGCACAUCGUCGUGCACGCCGAUGAACUCGAGGACCUUAUCAACUACUACCAGGACAGAGGUCACUUCGAGGAGCUAAUUAAUCUUUUAGAAGCAGCCCUAGGACUUGAGAGGGCACACAUGGGAAUGUUCACCGAGUUAGCUAUAUUGUACAGCAAAUACAAACCCCAGAGGAUGAGGGAACAUCUUGAACUCUUUUGGUCACGUGUCAAUAUUCCAAAGGUGCUACGUGCAGCUGAAUCGGCUCAUCUGUGGGCUGAGCUUGUCUUCCUGUACGACAAAUAUGAGGAGUACGAUAACGCGGUUCUCGCGAUGAUGCAACAUCCGACGGAAGCAUGGCGCGAGGGCCAUUUCAAGGACGUCAUCACCAAGGUAGCAAACGUCGAGCUUUACUACAAGGCCAUUCAGUUUUACGUGGAGUACAAGCCCCUAUUGCUGAACGACAUAUUGCUGGUGUUGGCGCCGCGCAUGGACCACACGAGGUCCGUUGCCUAUUUCACCCGCACGAAUUAUCUGCAGCUGGUCAAGCCAUACUUGAGGUCAGUGCAGGCGCUCAACAACAAGGCCAUCAACGAGGCUCUCAACGGACUACUUAUCGACGAGGAGGACUACCAGGGCUUACGAACCUCGAUCGACGCUUUUGACAACUUCGAUAACAUUGCGCUGGCGCAACAGUUAGAGAAGCACGAGCUCAUUGAAUUCAGGAGAAUCGCCGCCUAUCUCUACAAAGGCAACAAUAGGUGGAAACAAUCGGUUGAACUUUGUAAAAAGGACAGGCUCUUUAGAGAUGCGAUGGAAUAUGCAGCUGAAUCCCGUAAUCAUGAAGUAGCCGAAGAAUUAUUAGAAUGGUUUCUUAAAAGAGGGUCCAAGGACUGUUUUGCCGCAUGUUUGUUUCAUUGCUAUGAUUUACUUCAUCCCGAUGUUAUUUUGGAACUUGCGUGGAGACAUCAAAUUAUGCACUUUGCAAUGCCUUAUCUUAUUCAAGUAUCUCGCGAAUAUAUAGCCAAGGUUGAUAAAUUAGAAGAAGCAGAAAGUCGACGUAUCGAGGAGACCGACCAUCAGGAGCAUAAAUCCAUGAUUAUGCCCGAGCCACAACUGAUGUUGACUGCCGGACCCGGCAUGAUGGCACCAGGAUACGCGCCCCAAGCCGUGUACGGGGCGCCCGCCCAAAGCGUCUACGUGCCACCGGCGGCGGCCGCAGCUUAUCAGACCUACGGCAUGUGAGACACCACACCGCCUCUCUACAGCGCCAUGUAAGAGCAGUCGAAUCCGCAGUAGCACCGUUUACCACGAGACCACCAUGACUUUUCUAUUCAAACAGUCGUGGAGAAAACAGAAUUCAUAAAAUAGGAAAAGCGGGGAGAGGGAUAUAAAGAUUAUGAUAAAGGUUAACAAAAGAGAUAUGUACUGCGCCGUUGUAGCUCAUGUAGGACAUAAUAUUUAGCGCUGAAUAAUGUAUGCAGAGAAGAAAGAUGUUAUGACGGUCAUUUGUUGACGGAUGUCUUUACGCUUAGAUUCUUCUUAUUGUUAAUAUGACGGUAGAAAAUAAUAACUGAAACGAGAUAUGGUUAAGAAUGGAUUAAAAGAGAGAAUAAUGGCAACUCGAUUCAUUGUACCAAAUAAUGAUUAUAUUGCAAAUUUGUAGAUAAAAAUGAAAACGGUUGAAAAAAAAAACAACUCUUGACGACGCUUAACAAUUGUGCAAUGGACAGUUAAGCCGAGAGAGUGAGAAGUAAUAUCUGUAAGUAAUGUUCUAAUGCGUUAUAAUAUUCUGUCAAAUUGAUUCGUGAAAUUUAUUAAGAUAAAUUUUUUCGGUAUUAUUGCCCACUAAGGAUGUGCAAAAGUG